AUGGAUCUUCAUCUUAAAGAAGAUAAUUUUGUGAGAAAGACCGAUAAAUCCACCAGCAGCUUUGAUGCUUUAUAUCGAAGUACAUAUCCAGAAUACCUCCAGUACAUAUACCUGGUUGCUCCUGUAUCCCUCAUGCUCCUCAAUCCCAUCGGCUUUGCUCUUUGUGAGGUGCAGAGGUGGAGACAGGCCAGCCAUCCACAGCGCAGUAGUCUUGGCAUCCUGGGAGUUGUUGUCUUACAGGUGUUGAAGAACCCAAUAGUGUUCAUGGUGAUAGUGGGAAUCAUUUCUCACUUUGCGCUGGGCCAGCAGAUUCCUGCUGUGUUGUCAGAGUUUAUAGAUGGUCUGGCCAACUCUUUUGGAGGGGCAGCGUUGUUUUACCUUGGCCUCACUAUGGUUGGUCAGCUUAGAAAACUAACCAGAGACACUGGAGUUGCCUUGAUAUUGCUCAUCACAGCCAAACUCUUGAUAAUGCCGCUGGUCUGUAAAGACAUGGUGGAUAUUCUGGACACUGGAGUGAACAGCACGAGUGCCAAUCACACAAGUUUGUCCAACUUUGCUUUCUUAUAUGGAGUUUUCCCAACAGCCCCCAGUGUGGCCAUCUAUGCUGGACACUAUAACAUGGAGUUAGAAGUGGUAACGUCAGGGAUGGUAAUCAGUACAUUCUUGUCGGCACCAAUUAUGUAUGUGUCCGCCUGGCUAUUAACAAUCCCUUUAAUGGACCCAACCCCCUUGGUUACAGAGCUUGAAAAUGUAAGCUUCAACAUCAGCAUUGUCAGCCUUAUAGCUCUGGUGUGGACCAUAGCUGUGAUGCUGCUCAGCAGGAAAUUUAACAAACUCCCUCACCUAUUUGCGCUAAAUCUGUUCCUGGCCCAGUUCCUAGUGUGUGUUAGCAUGAUCCUGUGGAACUUCUUGGUGAAACAAGAGGACAACCUGCUCGGCAAAAUUCUCACCUUCACUUUGCUCUAUGGGUCUCUUUACAGUACAUACAUUUGGACAGGUUUAAUCCCUCUCUGUCUGGCUCUGACUAACAGAGAUGAUCUGCUGAGACUCCGACCAGGAGUCUUCAUGAUUUUGGGUUGGGGGGUUCCUUUCCUAAUGGUUGGUGGUCUACUCAUAUCAGGAGAGAGGACUGAUACGAUAGACUCUGCCUUCUUCUAUGGCAGAGCCCAGAUAAUCAGCACUGCAGUAAUUCUUGCGGUCAGCCUGGUUCUCGGUGCAAUAUCUUUGAUGGGUCUCAGCCAGGGAGACUGGGAGCAGAGCGGCUACCAAGCCCUGAGCAGAGCUACUGUAACAGGUAUCAAUGAUGAGGUGAGGGUCCCUGGUGGCCUGGAGGAUUCACACCAACAGCAAGAGCAGACACAGAUGUCAAAUUCACCUGCCUGUGGUAUCAACUCGGACCUCCACGGUUUCUCUCCUCUCCAGCCUAUACCUGAUAUGAUAGCCAGUACACAGAGGGACCACACGAACAGCACAGGCCACAUUGGGGCGCUGUGUGAUGGGCAUCAGCAAAGUACUUCCUCCUCUGAGCAGCCGCUGAAUCUUCCACCACCCGGGCUUCAAACCACAGACGAUAAACAGACUGUGAGACAUGUUCUGCUCUGUCUGCUGCUCAUUGUCAGCCUGCUUGCAAACCUGUCCAGCUGUCUGUGGUGGUUGUUCAACAAAGAUCCAGGAAGGCUCUACCUUGAACUACAGUUCUUCUGUGCUGUGGCUAACUAUGGACAGGGCUUUUUGUCCUUUGGGAUUUUUGGUCUGGACAGACACCUAAUCAUCUUGCCUUUUAAGAAGAGAUUGCUUAGCCUGUGGCAGGGCAGGGACAUUGAUGAUUUGAGUCUCUCAGGUGUACCAGAGGAGGUCAGGCUCACCUGUACUCAGUUUGUCCGCUACCACAAAGACCAGUGUGUACAAGACAUAGUACACACACGCAGGUUUGGAGGAGGACUGGAGGAUGAAAAUGAAGUUCUGAGACAUUCCUCAGCCCAUGAACCCCUUUACCUAAACACAAAUUCUAGUGAUCAGGCUCCGGUCUAUGCUGACUACUUGCAUGACUCAGCAGUAUGGACUUCUCCUCAGCAAUGA